AUUGAUGAGAGAUUAUAUAAUGUGGAUCGAAUUGCUUUAAUUUAUUGAUCGAAAUGAAGGUGGAUUUGAGAGAAUAAAGCUUUGAGAAUAUAAGGAUUAAAGAUACUUCAUUAGUAGGUGGAAAUUUUGUAAGGUGUAAUUUCAAUGGAUCAGAAUUUGAUAAUGUGGAUAUAAGUGGAAUGAACUUGAAUUAAGCUUAACUAUUCAAUCGUAAAUGGAAGAAUAUAAAAAUACAUGAGUUAAAUAAAUUAGAUGGUCAUUCAGAUUAUGUAAGAUCAGACAAUUUCUCUCCUGAUGGUACUACAUUAGCAUCUGGUAGUCAAGACUAUUCUAUCCGUUUAUGGGAUGUUAAGACAGGAUAAUAAAAAGCCAAAUUAGAUGGUCAUUCAAGGGAAUUCUAUCAGUCAAUUUCUCUCCUGAUGCUACUACAUUAGCUUCUGGUAGUUCAGAUAACUCUAUCCGUAUAUGGGAUGUAAAAACAUUAAAGGAGAUACUACAAAUCAGAUAGUAGCUACAAAGAUCUACUUACCCAGUUUAAAUUACCACUUCAGAAUAGCUCCUUAUUGCCAAAUUUUAAUCCUGAUCGUACAAUACUUAGAAUAUGUUAGAAUCCUUUAUUUGAAGCAUCAGGAAAACUUAUCUUAUAAGGACAAUUCAAAAAUCAUUUAAGGAAAGAUUUAAACAUUUGUUUUAAUCCAAAGGAAGUUGUUUUUUAAAAGAAUUCAAGCAAAAGUGAACUUGAAAUAUUCAUUAAUUACAACAAAAUAAUAAUUUUAAUCAAUUUCAUAGGGUUUUUGAGAACAUGUUUUUUUUGUUUCAAUUCGUGA